AUGAGCGAAACAGCCGACACAACAAUAGCCAACGAGCAAUCCGACCAGCAUUGUCGGCCUCAGUUUGGCAAUCGAUUCCUAUCCGCUGAUGACGAUGUGUUCCAACAUAACGCUUGGGACAAUGUCGAAUGGGACGAAGAACAAGAGCAAGCCGCGUUGGAAGGAGUAAAAAAAAAUUCAUCUGCCAAACUGUCUGAGGAAGAAGUGGCACGGUUAUCAACAGAAGCAGAUCAGAACUGGGACCGAUUUUAUGGCAUACACCAGAACCGAUUCUUCAAAGACCGGCACUGGCUGUUUACGGAAUUUCCCGAACUGGCACCGCUCAAACGUCCGGAGACAGCACCUCAGCGAGUGCUUCCGAGUGGGGAAGCCGUGAACCGUUCGGAAACCACGCCACCGGAAGCCGAUCUACAGCGGAGAACAAUAUUUGAGAUUGGAUGCGGCGUGGGAAACACGGUGUUUCCCAUUCUGAAAUACAGCGAUGAGGAGAAUCUGAUGAUCUAUUCGAGCGAUUUCUCUCGCCAAGCCAUCGAGAUCAUGCGCGAGAGUCCCGAAUACGACACGCGGCGCUGCCACGCGUUCGUGUUGGACGCAACGGCCGAACAGUGGGAUGUACCUUUUCCGGAAAACAGCAUCGACAUCGUGGUGUUGAUAUUUGUCCUCUCCGCCAUUGAUCCGGAACGCAUGCAACAUGUGGCGAAUCAAAUCGCCCGUUACCUCAAACCGGGCGGACUGCUGAUGCUACGCGACUAUGGUCGGUAUGAUUUGGCCCAGUUGCGCUUCAAGCCGGGCAAAUGCCUGAAGGACAACUUUUACGUCCGUGGCGACGGCACGUUGGUGUACUUUUUCACCCAAGACGAACUGCGCAAGCUGUUCACUUCGGCGGGUUUGGUCGAGGAGCAGAACAUUGUCGACCGACGACUGCAGGUAAACCGUGGUAAGAUGAUUAAAAUGUAUCGCGUUUGGGUACAGGUCAAGUUCCGAAAACCCGCCGUGUAG